UAUAGGUGACAAGUAGAUGCCUUGAGAAAAUAUAGUAGAGGAUAAUUACGGCUGUCUAUCAGCACCAUUCAUUUGGGAAACUGAAGGCAAAGCAGCCUCUGGUGUGAAAUUUUCUCUUCUCUCCAUCAUCUCAGUUUAACUUCUCCACCCACACUGCAGGAUUUCAUGGUUGGGCCUUGACUCUUUUUGAGGAAUCACACACAAUAAAGAGGAAGUCCAUGGCUGUUUCUUUGAAUUCCGUUCUGGGCUUUCCCUCAACUCUACAGGCAAACUACUGGAAUCUCUCUUGGAGUGCCUCACCGCAGAAGGUUCCACAAUUCCCAUCUUCCUUUCAGAUGCUGGGGUUAAGAAGAUGUGUGCCAGUUAGUAGACAGAAUUUCUUUCUUUUAGUUGCUAAAAGUGAUCGUCUUGAAACGGGAGUUAGUGAUAAGGACUCUGGAAAAGCUGAAAGCUCUUACUCUGAAGUUAUUACACCAACUGUGAAUACAUCAUCCUUUGAAUCUUCUAAAACAGGGGGGGAAGUGCAGCCCAUUGGUCAAAUUGAGUUGGCUGUGCAAGAAGCCAAAGGUUCAAAUGGGUCUGCAAUUUCCGCAAACUUGGAAGAGGAAGCAUCUUCCUCCAGUCCAAAACCAACCUUGAAGAGAUCUCCAUUGACAGCAAGAGAGAAACUUAGGGCAGCCAGGGUUCUCAGCCGAUUCAAUGAAUCAAAGGCCUCUAAACCUCAGCUGGGAAGCAAACUAAUUGAGGCCCUACGAGAAAGUGAGAAGGGAAAAAAGAGAUCCGGACUUCCAGAGGCGCCUACAAAUUUAUUCGAUGAUAGCAAAAGAGGGAUGCCAAAACCAGGAUGGACUUUUGAGUUUCCAGGAGGAAUUGAUGUCUUCCUUGUUGUAUUUUCAUUUGUAUUCAUCAGCACAGUUAUGUUUGCUACAACAUACAUUGUGUGGAAAGUUGGUGCUAUCCAUUUCAAUGAGUACUGAGGUAGAUGGUUAUGUAUAUCUGGUUUCCGGGACAUGGUACUGGUCUAGCUAUCCACAAGCACCCAAGAUGAACAGAGUUUUGUGUACAACAUAUGCUUUCUUUAUCAUUUCUAAGAAUUAUACUUUUGGCGCCAGUUUAAGGUUCUUUUGAAUCUGAAGAUCUCAGGUUGGUAGGGAUGGCUGCAUAUAGUUGAAUACAAAUAUAUAGCUCGUCAACACUAUAUUAUGGAACUGUCUUAUUGCCUUAUAUUUGGUUUAUGAUUUUUGACUGAUCAAUUUAUUAAAUGUACAGUAUCUUUGCUUGUUUAAGUGGGACUUCAUGUG